AGAGUGUCUGCCCCAGAAGAAUCUCCCUCCUUGCCCUCGGAAGAAUGUGGUUUAAAAAAAUCUCGGCAUGUAUUUGGUUUAGAUUUCAGCAUUACAACAAUUAAACAACCACCCCCAGCCGACUCAAGGUUACCCAGUGGGAGACUCUUCCAUGCUGCAGCUGUUAUUUCAGAUGCUAUGUACAUCUUUGGCGGCACCGUGGACAAUAACAUUAGAAGUGGAGAAAUGUACAGGUUCCAGUUUUCUUGUUACCCUAAAUGCACUCUACAUGAAGAUUAUGGAAGGCUAUGGGAAAACAGGCAGUUCAGUGACUUGGAGUUUGUUUUGGGAGAGAAGGAAGAACGAGUUCGAGGGCACACUGCAAUCGUUACAGCUCGCUGCAAGUGGCUGAAAAAGAAAAUCAUACAGGCAAGGGAGAGGUUGAAACAGAAAUCAAAGCAAGAUAUUGAAGAUGAGGGACAUGCGACGUGUCAGAAAGAUGGGAUUGGUGGGAAUGUCAAGUUGUGCCGCCUGCAGCCGCUCCUGGAAGUGCCCAUCCGAGAGGCUGAGGCGCAACCCUUCGAGGUUCUCAUGCAGUUUCUAUACACGGAUAAAAUAAAAUACCCUCGCAAAGGUCAUGUGCAGGAUGUGUUACUUAUCAUGGAUGUAUACAAACUAGCCUUAAACUUCAAGCUCUCUCGACUGGAACAGCUCUGCCUUCAAUAUAUUGAAGCAUCUGUAGAUCUGCAGAAUGUGCUCAUUGUGUGUGAAAAUGCUAACAAACUUCAGCUGGAUCAGCUAAAGGAACAUUGCCUGAACUUUGUGGUGAAGGAAUCACAUUUUAAUCAGGUAAUAAUGAUGAAGGAGUUUGAGCAUCUUUCUUCAUCCCUCAUAGUGGAGAUUGUACGGAGAAAACAGCAACCUCCUGUUCGAACACAUUCCGAUCAGCCACUUGACAUCGGAACAUCUUUAAUUCAGGACAUGAAGGCUUACCUAGAAGGAGCUGGGACUGAAUUCUGUGAUAUCAUCCUUCUCUUAGACGGCCACCCACGGCCAGCCCAUAAAGCAAUCCUAGCAGCACGCUCCAGUUACUUUGAAGCCAUGUUCCGUUCCUUCAUGCCAGAAGAUGGGCAAGUGAAUAUUUCUAUAGGUGAAAUGGUUCCCAGCAAGCAAGCAUUUGAAUCUAUGCUUAGAUACAUUUAUUAUGGAGAAGUAAACAUGCCUCCUGAAGACUCCCUCUACCUCUUUGCUGCACCUUACUAUUAUGGCUUCUCCAACAACAGACUGCAAGCCUAUUGUAAACAGAAUCUAGAAAUGAAUGUCACAGUGGAGAACGUACUCCAGAUUUUAGAGGCAGCUGACAAGACCCAGGCCCUGGACAUGAAGAGGCACUGCCUGCACAUCAUCGUUCACCAGUUCACCAAGGUCUCCAAGUUGCCAAAUCUCCGCUCCCUAAGUCAGCUACUCCUUCUUGACAUCAUAGAGUCGUUAGCUAACCACAUAUCAGACAAGCAGUGCGCAGAGCUGGGCUCAGACAUAUGACAUGCUUUGGUAAUCGAACUUUUCAUUUGUUCCUCAAAAAAAGGAGCACUUUACGGCUGACUCUCUUUUUACCAUUCCAUACUGAGCUGCUCAGAGUGUCUACACAAUAUAGCAGGCGGCCAAGAGGAGCACGGACAGCUGACUUGCUCUCCCGUGGAUGUGCUCGGUUUGUACCUUUGUGGAGGAGGGUUUGGUCUCUGUUACACAAAUGUAAAAUUGAAACCAUU